AUGGCCGAGUCAGAGGUGAGGUGUGUACGUAGUAAAUUAAUACAGCAGCAGCAACAACAACCAAUGCCAAAUAAUUGGUUGGAUCUUCCAAGCGAACUGGUUGAAUUAAUAAUGAAAAAACUUAACAAUUUGGUGGACAUCAUUCGGUUCAAAGCAGUUUGUUCAUCUUGGUAUAAAGCUGGGAAUAAUUGUCGAUUAUCAUAUUCUCCUACUAAUAAUCAAUCUCCAUGGCUGAUGCUUCCUACUCAUGAAUACGAAAGCCAUACUUGCUUCUUCAAUUUUGCAGAGCGAAAGGUGUACAAGCUCAAAAAUGUUUUCCAUGGCUUAGGAUUUGAUAGAGCUCGUUGCGUCGGAUCCUCAUAUGGGUGGCUUAUAAUUUUCGACAGAGCAUCCAUUCAUGGAUGUCUCCUCAAUCCAUUCUCAGGCGAUAGAAUUGAUCUUCCAUCCACCGCAGUCCUUAGCGCUUACCCUUACAAACGCUAUGGUGUUUAUAUUAGAAAAGCUAUCCUCUCCUCUGAUCCAACCCCGCCUCUGUCUCGCACCAAUAGCAGCAUCAGUUUUUCAAUCGUAAUUAUGUAUGGAAUUGUUUUAACAGAACUUGCAUUCUACAAUUACCAAUAUUAUAAAGACAACAACAACAAAACAUGGACUAAGUUUGUGAAUGGCUCGGUUGAAGUUUGGGACUUUGAUGAUGAAGAAGAAGAAGAAAAUUGUUUGCCCAAGAAAGUUGCAACAUUUAACCAUCCUGAUGCUUUGCCAUUAGGAAAUUUUCCUAGAGUCAACGAAUGUUGUUAUCGUUUCUAUUUGGCAAAAUCAUUGGAUAAUGAGAUUUUGUAUGUGUUUCGGCUUUUUGAAAAAGUUUUUACCAAUAAUAAUGAUAAUGAUAAUGUUGCAUUGAAAUACAAAGAUGAAUUUCAUGUGUAUAAGCUGGAUUAUUGUGGCCAAACAUGGGAAAAAAUUGUACAAACUUUUGGGAUUGAUGGUCAGGCACUGUUUUUAGGUGAAAAUCAAUGCAUAUAA